AUGGAGUGUUCACAAAUGCAAUCUACACGUCUCUGGACAUACGCCAAACGAGCCACUCUCAUCGACAUGUCUCCAGACGUAGGCCAAACGGGCCACACACCAAUCGACACGUCUCUGGAUGUUGGCCAAACGGGCCACCCUCAUCGACACGUCUCUGGACGUAGGCCAAACGGACCACCAUCAUCGACACGUCUCCGGACGUAG